ACGAUAUAGAGCGAAUAGCGAUGGCUACCGCGUGUACGGUACGAGCGCGUGUUACAACAACAUAACCUUCAAUAUGUAAAUUCGCAUGAAAAGUCUUGAAAUUCCUUGUAAAAAAGAGUAAAUUCAUGUUUAUAAAUGUUUGUGCAGAGUCUUUAUCGUUGACAAAAUGAAGAAACCAAUUGAAGCCGUUAUAGAAGAUGUAAUAAUCAAUCCGGAAAAAAUCCAACCUAUCAUAGUGAAUUUCCAAAAUGGCCAACUCAAAGAUGAAGAAACCAAAAGGAUGAAAUGUGGCCUGUACAAUGAUGAGAAAAAAAAGAAAACUGUUUUGGCAAUGUCAAAUGGCCAAGUAGUUUACAAAGGUUACAGGCCUGAUCUCAACAAAGAAUUGACUUACACAAUGUUAGCCAUUCACAACAAGAAAACUGGAAAAGUCAGAUUAAUUCAAGCUGAGCGAUGGGAUGUUGCCCCUGUGCUGGAUGAACACGUUGAUGACACCAAUGAUGAUAAUGUAGACAAAACAGCUGAAUUGAACAAACAGUUUGGUUCUAAGAGAGUUAAACGAAGAACUGAGCAGUAUGAGAGAAUGAAAGUCAAUGUUGACAAUGUGAAGGAUCAGUUGGAAAAGACUGUAUCCAAUGUAGAAAUAGAGAGAUCAGAACUUGAACCUUCUUCAACCGAUGAUUUCAUAGAUGGUGUACACUUACCACCUUGCAAUAAAGAUGCAUCAAGAGAAGCAGAUGUAUAUAACAUCGAAGAUAUAGUACCAAAGAAUAUUUUGAAAACUUUGUAUGCAGUAGCAGCAACUUUGGGCGAAAGCAACAUGGACAACAAACCAGCCUUCUUUGUCAAAACUGUGGAAACUUUCAAGGAUGAUUCAGAUUCUAAAUUCAAAUUAGCGAUAUUGUUAUAUAUCGAAGCAGUAAUAAAUUGGCUAAGCAUCCCCAUCAAAUCGGCCAAGAGGAAUGAUCUAGAGAUAUGUCCUCAUUCAGCCGAUGCAAAUGCCUACAUCGUCGAGACGUUCAGUGUGGUUAGUGCUCAGGGAAGACAACGACCAAACAGUAUGAAAGACAAAGGAAUCUGUCACUGUAUAAUCCUAGCGUUAAUGAUCUGGAAUUAUACCUUGGACUUAGAACUCUUUUUGUCAAUGUUCACGUUGAUGUUCCGAAUGAGUCAUAAAAAACUCAUGGACCUUGCGAGAUGGAUGCUAGCAACUCCAUCUAAAACAGAGAAAAAGGUUGUCAUGCUCAAGUUACCUUUGCCCGGGCUGCCCAAACCUAAACUAACCGCCGAAGAAAGAGAGAAGGACAUCAGUCCUCUGUUGACGAAUGGCUGGACCGUCCAAACCAACAGGGAUGCCCUGUACAAGGAAUUCGCUUUCAAGAAUUUUAACCAGGCCUUUGGAUUCAUGACGCGAGUCGCGAUGCAGGCCGAGAAGAUGGACCACCACCCGGAAUGGUUCAACGUCUACAACAAAGUCAACAUCACGUUAUCGUCCCACGACGUCAACGGUUUAUCCUCGCGAGAUGUUAAGCUGGCGAACUUUGUUGACAAGGCUGCUAAAUCCGUCAACGAAUGAUAUCGAUCGAUUGUUUAUAUAUUUUUAUUUCAAUUGUUGCAGAGAAAACGUAUGAGAGUAAUGCAUCUGUCCCGCGCAGCUGUGACAAUAAAUAAAGCGUAUGUUUAGUAAAGUAA